CGACCCGGCUAACCUGCCGUCAGUCAGUGCGCAACGGGCGAGGCGUGCGUGCGGCGCGGGAUGUGCAGCUAAGAUGCUGGUGCCACCGGAGAUGAUGGCGGCGCAGUCAAAGCUCGUCUACCAAAUGAACAAGUACUAUAGCGAGCGUGUCGCCAGCCGCAAGGCCCAAAUCGCCAAAACCAUUCACGAGGUGUGCCGCAUCGUUCAGGAUGUGCUCAAAGAAGUAGAGCUGCAGGAACCGCGAUUCAUAUCUUCGUUGACCGACUACAAUGGCCGCUUUGACGGCCUCGAAGUGGUCUCACCCCACGAAUUCGAGAUCAUCAUCUACCUCAAUCAGAUGGGAGUGUUGAACUUCGUGGAUGACGGCUCUUUACCUGGAUGUGCUGUCCUCAAACUGAGCGACGGCCGCAAGCGAUCCAUGUCUCUAUGGGUUGAGUUCAUCACCGCUUCCGGAUACCUAUCAGCGCGCAAGAUCCGCUCACGAUUCCAGACGCUGGUGGCGCAGGCCUGCGAUAAGUGUUCCUAUCGUGAUUGUGUCAAGAUGAUAGCCGAGACCACGGAGGUCAAGCUUCGGAUCCGUGAACGCUAUAUCGUCCAAAUAACACCAGCCUUCAAGUGUGCAGGAUUGUGGCCACGUUCAGCAGCACACUGGCCGCUACCCACAAUUCCCUGGCCGCACCCCAACAUUGUGGCGGAAGUAAAGACUGAGGGUUUCGAUCUCCUAUCAAAAGAGUGUCUCACUUUACAAGGCAAAAAUUCGGCUAUGGAGGGUGACGCAUGGGUGCUGAGCUUCUUCGAGGCGGAGAACCGGCUCCUACAGGGCGGGUGCCGUCGCAAAUGUCUCAGCAUUUUGAAGACGAUACGCGACCGGCAUCUGGAGCUGCCAGGGAACCCGGUCACGUGUUACCACAUGAAGACAUUGCUGUUAUAUGAGUGCGAGAAGCAUCCACGCGAGCACGAGUGGGAUGAAGCGGCACUGGCGGAUCGGAUAAACGGGAUCUUCUUGCAGCUGAUCUCUUCGCUGCAAUGCCGCCGGUGUCCACAUUACUUCUUGCCCCAUGUCGAUCUAUUCAAGGGGAAAUCGCCGACCGCUAUGGAGAACGCUGCCAAGCAGGUGUGGCGUCUGACGAGAGAGAUGCUGACAAAUUCGCGAGCUUUCGAAAAGCUGUGAACUGUGUUCUGUGAUGUGUUGUGACAAAGUGGCGCGGCCGAUGAACUGUGAGUAGCAGUUAGUUAUUAGUAGGUGUUUCGAAUAUUAUUUGUGAUAUAAUGUAAAUAGCUUACUUGUUGUACAAUUUUAGUUAUUUAAUAAAAAAAAUCGUGUAUUUAUUUGACUGAAAUCUUUAGUAGUUAUAUCGGAUAUUAUUAUAAUAAAUAUUUGAAAAAUC